UGAGAGUUUUUCUUUACAAUGAAGUGCAAACGUUAUACUCUUUUAAUUGCUUUCAUAUGGGCUCUAAAUGGAGUCCUUGAAGCUUCAGCCUUCAGUAAAAUUGCUGUGAGCAGCAACACCUCACCCAAGCGCAUGAAAUCCCCUUUGCACCGCAGGUAUUUGUACAAUACAGGGAGACAAUCGUGGUACAUUGAUGAUGCUCUAAUUAAUCGCUUAAAGGAAGAGCUACGUAUGGAAGAAAUAAAUUUACAGCGUGAGAAACCUAAAAUAGCAGCUCUGGAAGAAACUAAUAAUAAUUUGAAGAAUGAAAUAACCAAGCUAAGAGCUCAAAGUGCAACUGAUGAUUCAACUAAGCUGGAAGCAUGUUCCGAAAAUCUCCGUAUAGAGACAAAGAAAAACCAACAAUUGCAGGACCAAUUAGAGAAAAUACCAUCUGAAAUAAUGAGGGUAGCAGAAAAAAUUGGUGAUAUGGCAGAGCAGAAUGUCAAGGCUUCUAGUUGUCUAGUAUAUAUAGGCAAUCCUGGUAUAUAUAGGAUUCAUGUCCCUGGCCACAUGCCACAUAAUGUGCUUUGCUUUGAUGGCAAACAUGAGGGUAAGGGCUGGCUAAUGAUUCAGCGACAAGCAUUUGGCAACGAGGAUUUUCAGAGGGAUUGGAACACUUAUCGUGACGGCUUUGGAUCCUUCGAUGGCGAUUUCUUUUUAGGUUUGCACAAGAUCCACCACAUUACACAUGCACAUCGACAAAAAUUGUUUAUUUACAUGGAAACCUUUGAGGACAAAUGGUUUGCAGCUAGCUAUGACAAUUUUCGAGUGGGAAGCGAGGAUAGUGAAUUUAGAUUGGAAUCGCUGGGUGCAUUCAGUGGGUUUAACGAAAUUCACAAUGAUACCUUCAGAUACAAUGAACAUAUGAAAUUUACAACUCACGAUCGGGAUAAUGGCUUAUGGGAGGUGGGUAACUGUGCGACUGAGCAUCAGAGUGGAGGUUUUUGGUACAAGCGCUGUUCCUAUUUCAAUCCAAAUGGAAAAUUUUCUAAAACUAAAGGAACUAGUAAGCAGGGUAUACAUUGGGAUGAGUGGGAUGGACUUAAAACGAUUCAUAUGCUUAUUCGUCCUUUAAUCUGAAGAAGAGAGAACGAUUUAAAUCACAAUUGCCUGUGAAUAUAAUUCUAAUUGUUGUGACUAAUUUAU